GCCUACAUUCAGCGCUGAAUUAGACCGACAGCGUUGUUAACGCCGGUUAAAUGUCGCCGAUGCCCCACCCUAUGUACACAGCACGCUUUCAAAUAAACCCGAUAAUAAAUAUCCAUUUAAACCGCUGUCAUUCGCUAUCAUACGCGUUAAUACGCGCGUAAAGCAGGCGUUCUGGGCGCGUUAACAGUCGAGUAAGUGAACACGCGUCGUCAGGUGCUGCAGCGUCCAUAAACGCCCACCUAGAACAGCACCAGACGAGAGCUGCGCUUACAUCCGAGAUGGCAAAAGCAGACCAGCGCUUUGGGCAGAGAGAUGGAUCUGAUCAGAACUUUGACUACAUGUUCAAACUCCUGAUCAUUGGCAACAGCAGUGUAGGAAAAACCAGCUUUUUAUUCAGAUAUGCAGAUGACUCCUUUAGCAACUCUUUUGUCAGCACAGUCGGCAUCGACUUUAAGGUGAAGACAGUUUACAGGAAUGACAAGAGAGUGAAGCUCCAGAUAUGGGAUACAGCUGGACAGGAGCGGUAUAGAACUAUUACUACAGCUUACUAUAGAGGAGCCAUGGGCUUCAUACUUAUGUACGACAUCACAAAUGAAGAGUCCUUCAAUGCAGUGCAGGACUGGGCAACACAGAUUAAGACCUAUUCGUGGGAUAACGCUCAGGUGAUAUUAGUGGGGAACAAAUGUGACAUGGAUGAGGAGAGGGUGGUGCCUUUGGAGAAGGGGAAACACUUGGCCGACCAGUUAGGAUUUGAGUACUACGAAGCCAGCGCCAAGGAGAACAUCAACGUCAGACAAGUAUUUGAGCGCUUAGUCGACAUAAUCUGCGUGAAGAUGUCUGAGAGAGUCGAUACGGAUCCAUCCAUAGUCACCGGUGCCAAAACCACCCGGCUAACCGAUAAGCCGCCCCAGCUACCUCAGAAUUGUUGCUGAUUUCUGUCUCUACUUAUAUGCCAACCUAUCAGCAGCGGAUCCGAUGUUGUUUGGUUUAACGUUCUGUUGUAUGCCGAUCGGAACCGACCUGGGGUGCUUUUCCUGUGCAACAACGUCACUCACUGCUUAACCUCCAUAGUAUGAAGCAUCAUUGGAGAAAUUAACUAGUUAGUCACAACUGUUUCCCGAAAUCAUUGCAACAUAGUCACACUUUUGUUGUUUGAACCACGUUGGAUCAACAAUAUAGGAAAUGUAGUUAAAGACAAUACACAGGUUGUGGAGAAAUAACUUCUGCUAAGUAACUGAUUCAAGAUCACUUUUGAUGUGAGAUUCAUUUUUUUAAAUCACAUUAACAUGCAGUUUUCAAUCAGUCAGGAAUUUUCCCACAACGUAAUUUAUCUCCGAGAUGCUAAACAUGGCAUCUGAGGACUACUUAAAUUUUUAUCUUCAUUUUACUUUUUUUUUGUUUGAUUCAUCCAAGAUUCCCUUACGCAUUUAAGACAUACGCACUCUUCUAAAACAGUGCUAAAAUACAUAGAAUAAAAUGAAUAAAAUUUCACACUAACAAUAAACUACACUUCAAACCACAGGUCGAGAGCUGUAGUUAUAACCUCACAAGGUUUCGACGCUGUUUGCGUAUGUUCAUUGAAACUAUGGUUUCACGAAACACCGAAUCGUUGAACUAUGUUGGUAACGAAGGAACUUGUGACUAUAGUUAGCUAACGAUUGCUUUCGGGAAAUGCACCCCUGUUCGUUUGUAGCUGUCAAACACGUGAAGUAGUUCAGUAAUAAUAGUACACUUCUAACCUAAUCAGUCCAUAGGAAACUUAACGCAGGGACUAGAUCAAAGCACAAAACUACUACUUGGCUCUCAGAACUUCAGUGUUCACUGCCAAAACUAGAUUUAAAACACAAUCUGUUGUGGCACAAUCUCGCUAAUCUUAUGAAUUAUACUGUAUAUUUAGUGUAGUACUUUAAUGGAGGUAAAAUGGUGGAUAAUCUGUUAAAAGGCACACAAAUAAACUCAGACUUUUGCAAAAUGGCCAUUAUGCAAAAUUGAGUUUUCAGGGUGGUUUCAAUGCUCUGAUCUGAUUGGAUCAGAAGCAGAUGCACAUUGUAUUUUGGACUCCAUCUAUUAACUGCUGGCACAGUACGUGUUUUGAGAAUAUAAGCACUUGUUUAAGCUAUCUUCAUGUUGAGAGAAAAAAAUGUGAUGUUUAGUAAAUUCAUAAUUAGAUACGCAAAAUAAAAUUCAUGUCUUGCACAAAAAUAUGACAUUAAAUUCAUGUUAAGCUUAGUAUUGUCAGAAACCACAUGUAACAGUUGUGUGUAAUAAUAGACUAAACACAAUCAGCACAUUAGUCAGGCGACAUUCGGUUUGUUACGAAAGAUAUUAUUCUUCUUCGCUCAAAUCCUCGAGCAGAAAGUCGAGAUUUAUUGUGAACUCGUGCCAGGAUGUGUUUAUAUUUCAGAAACUUGUAGCAAAUCCUUGUGGGUUCGUGUAUGUAUAAUCUACCUUGGUUUUUUAUCAAGUGACGUAUGGGUGUUUUAUGUAACUAUAGUCGAAAUUAUUCCAAAUGAGAUAUUUUUAAUUCAGAUGUUAUAGGCUACUUUUUUGUUUCCUGAGUAGAUAUUUAUUUUUAUGCUGCUGGAAUAUAUAGUUGUACCUUUGCUGUCAGUGUAUUUUGAUUUGUAGACAAUUUGCACUGGGGCGUACAGUGAUUGUACAGUUGUGAAUGUUACUUUUAGAUGCAAUUUGUAACAAUAAAAGCACAAAUCACAUAUAAUAAUGAUAA